ACUCCAAGAAAGGGAUGGCUUCUUCAGGGUGGUCUCCAAUGCAGAGAAAAGGGCCUGACGCCCUCACAGGAACUGAGCUGAAUGCUGCAGUGUACAGAUACCUUCAGGAAUCAGGAUUCGUGCAUACUGCAUUCAAUUUCUUUUACGAGGCAGACAUUGGAAGAGGCAAUAUCCAGGGAAUGAUUCCACAAGGUGCCCUGAUUAGGAUCGUGCAUAAAGGUCUUCAGUACAUCGAGUUCGAAGCAAAUUCUGAGAUUGGUAGCGAUGACGAGCACCACGUUUUUGAUACUCUGGAGCUAAUGACCAAUGAUUUAGACGAGCUAAGAAAGAAAAUUACCAGCAGUUCAAAGUGCAAUUCUGUGAAGGAUGACAAAGAGAAGAGGAUUGAUUGUGUUGAGACUGACAAAGUGCAGUGUUCUGCUGAGACGGCCACAGUACAGCCAAUGAAGCAUGCAAAGGCACAAGGGAUAGUCUCCAAAGAACAGAACAUUUGGUCUGCUGAAAUUGGACAACACACUGGUUCCGCUGAGACUACCGCAAUGCAUAGGAAGAAGCUUAUGCAGAAAUGGAAGGCUGCACAGAACAGCAAUCCUGGUGAGACUGCUAAAAUACAUAGGACUCAACCAAUGAAGCAUGCAAAGGUACAAGGGAUGGACUCCAAAGAACACAUAUGUGCUGAGACUACACAGAAGACUGGUUCUGCUGAGACUACUACAGGACAGGGGUUGCAGCUUUCGUGGAUAGGGAAGAAACUUAGACUCAAAAAAUGGAAGCAUUGAUAACUAGACAAGGAAGCGAAGAGACUGAAGUUCGACUCUGAAAUCUACUACUGAUUCAGCAUGUGAAACUAAAGGAGAUUUGACAGGAUGUUUAGAAUAAUAUCAGUACAUCGCAAUUUAUGACUGAUAUCUAUGAGUUUCUGAGUCGUUAUUCAUUUGUUUGACAGUAGACUAAAGGACAUUUAGCAAGCAUUUUGGUACAGGAAGUUUACAACUUGUUGUAUACUUGGGAUGGAUGACUUUGUUCUUGUUCAUGUGAAUAUGUGAUAGUCAGCAUGUGAAAGGAGAACUGACGAUAUGCACAGACUUUGGUACUGACUGAUCAGUUGGCAUAAAUGGUUACAGGCUGUGCGUUUUUCUUUUUUUGUGGAAGGAGAUUUCAUUUGAUUGGUUGCAUUUCUGUACCAGCAAUGCCUUGUACAUGGUUAGUUACUUAGUUUCAGAUAGAUGACUCUCUGAUCAUGUGG